AUGACGAUUUUGCCAGAUCUGGGAACGGAAAUUCUGAUUCCGGUAUGUGCCAUUAUCGGAAUCGGAUUCUCUCUCUUUCAAUGGCUGUUGGUUUCCAAGGUCAAGCUGACCCCGGGUUCUGCGGCGUCGAAUAACAGUGGAGGUGGUGGAAAGAAUGGGUAUGGUGAUUAUUUGAUCGAGGAAGAAGAAGGUCUUAAUGACCAUAAUGUUGUUCUUAAAUGUGCUGAGAUUCAGAACGCCAUCUCUGAAGGUGCAACUUCUUUCCUUUUUACGGAAUAUCAGUAUGUUGGAAUUUUCAUGAUUGCUUUUGCAAUCUUGAUUUUCGUUUUCCUUGGCUCUGUUGAGGGAUUCAGCACAAAGAGUCAGCCUUGCACCUAUGACCCAUUGAAGUCGUGCAAGCCUGCUCUUGCCACUGCUGGCUUCAGUACCAUAUCCUUCGUGCUUGGUGCUGUCACUUCAGUGGUUUCUGGCUUUCUUGGGAUGAAAAUUGCCACCUAUGCUAAUGCCAGAACCACUCUGGAGGCAAGGAAAGGAGUUGGGAAGGCUUUUAUUACUGCAUUUAGAUCUGGGGCAGUUAUGGGUUUUCUCCUUGCUGCAAACGGUCUCUUGGUGCUUUACAUUACCAUCAACGUCUUCAAGCUAUACUAUGGUGAUGACUGGGAAGGGCUUUUUGAGUCUAUUACUGGUUAUGGACUCGGAGGAUCUUCCAUGGCUCUCUUUGGCAGAGUUGGUGGAGGUAUCUACACCAAAGCUGCUGAUGUUGGUGCUGAUCUUGUUGGCAAGGUUGAAAGGAACAUUCCUGAGGAUGACCCUAGAAAUCCUGCUGUGAUUGCUGACAAUGUAGGUGAUAAUGUUGGUGAUAUAGCUGGUAUGGGAUCUGAUCUUUUUGGCUCCUAUGCAGAGUCCUCUUGUGCCGCCCUAGUUGUUGCUUCCAUCUCCUCUUUUGGAAUCAAUCACGAGUUUACUCCAAUGCUGUAUCCUCUCCUUGUCAGUUCCGUUGGUAUCAUUAUUUGUUUGAUCACGACUUUAUUUGCAACUGAUUUCUUUGAGAUCAAGGCUGUGAAGGAAAUUGAGCCAGCACUAAAGAAUCAACUCAUAAUCUCCACUGUUCUGAUGACUGUUGGAAUCGCCAUUGUUAGUUGGAUAGCUCUCCCAUCUUCCUUUACCAUCUUCAAUUUUGGAACCCAGAAAGUUGUCAAGAAUUGGCAACUCUUCUUGUGUGUCGCUGUUGGUCUAUGGGCUGGCCUUAUUAUUGGAUUUGUAACUGAGUACUAUACUAGCAAUGCAUACAGCCCUGUUCAAGAUGUUGCUGAUUCCUGCCGAACUGGAGCUGCCACUAAUGUUAUUUUUGGGCUUGCAUUGGGAUAUAAAUCUGUCAUUAUUCCUAUCUUUGCUAUCGCAGUUAGUAUUUUUGUUAGUUUCUCCUUUGCUGCUAUGUAUGGUAUUGCUGUAGCUGCCCUUGGAAUGUUGAGUACCAUUGCCACUGGAUUGGCAAUUGAUGCAUAUGGUCCCAUUAGUGACAAUGCCGGAGGUAUUGCUGAGAUGGCGGGCAUGAGCCACAGAAUCCGAGAGAGAACUGAUGCCCUUGAUGCUGCAGGAAACACCACUGCUGCUAUUGGGAAGGGUUUUGCCAUUGGCUCUGCAGCUCUUGUCUCGCUGGCUCUCUUUGGUGCCUUUGUCAGCCGUGCAUCCAUUUCAACAGUCGAUGUGUUGACUCCUAAAGUUUUCAUUGGUUUGAUUGUGGGUGCAAUGCUUCCUUAUUGGUUCUCUGCCAUGACAAUGAAGAGUGUGGGAAGUGCAGCUCUUAAGAUGGUUGAGGAAGUUCGCAGGCAAUUCAACACCAUCCCUGGCUUGAUGGAAGGCACUGCCAAGCCUGACUAUGCCACCUGUGUUAAGAUCUCCACAGAUGCUUCCAUCAAGGAGAUGAUCCCACCUGGUGCACUUGUCAUGCUCACACCCCUCAUUGUUGGGAUCUUUUUCGGUGUUGAAACCCUCUCUGGUGUCCUUGCUGGAUCCCUUGUGUCUGGAGUCCAGAUUGCCAUCUCUGCCUCCAACACUGGCGGUGCAUGGGAUAAUGCCAAGAAAUAUAUCGAGGCUGGUGUUUCAGAGCAUGCAAGAUCUCUUGGCCCUAAAGGAUCAGAUCCACACAAGGCAGCAGUUAUUGGUGACACCAUUGGGGACCCUUUGAAGGAUACAUCCGGACCAUCACUCAAUAUCCUCAUCAAACUGAUGGCCGUUGAAUCGCUCGUCUUUGCUCCAUUCUUUGCCACACACGGAGGCCUGCUCUUCAAGAUAUUCUGA